AUGCCACUGAUUACCAUGUGCGGGCGACCAGUGACGGGCAAGAGCCGACGUGCGGCCGAGAUGGCGGCGUAUCUUGCCGAAGCCGUGCCCGACGUCCGGGUGGUCACCGUCUCGGCCGAGUCCUUGGGCCUCGACAAGGCCGCGUGCUACGCAGAGCCGAGCGCAGAGAAGACGCUGCGAGCUGAGUUCAAGGCGGCGGUGGAGAGGGAGAUCGGGCCGGGCGUGGUGGUCAUCUGUGACUCGCUUAACUAUAUCAAGGGCUUUCGGUACGAGCUGUACUGUGAUGCCAAGGCGCAGCGGACGCCUAGCUGUGUGGUGUGGUGCGACACGGCCGAUGAGCUUGCAGAGGGCUGGAACGAUGACGCUGGGCUAGCCGGCGCCCCCAGGUACUCGCAUGAGCUCUUCGACGACCUCUGGAUGCGGUUCGAAGAGCCGAACGGUCGCAAGCGGUGGGAUAAGCCUCUGUUUGUUGUCGGCCCGGACGACGAGCUCCCGGCCGCAGCCAUCACCGCCUGGCUCCUCGAGUCCAAGCCGGUCAAGCCGAACGAGUCGACCCAGUCGGCGCCGCGGGCCGCCUCGUCGUUUGUCACUGCCCUAGAUGGCCUCACCCGCUCAGUCGUCGACGCUGUGUUGGCCUGGGCGGCAGCUGGUGGCCUUCCGGGAGAUCCGAUCCUCCUCGACGGCGGCGUCCGCAUCAUCCUCAAGCGCAAAGUCACUCCGGCCGAGAUCCGCCGCGCCCGCAAGCAGUACCUCAAGCUCGCCGGCAUGACUCCGCCACCGGCCGACGCCAUCAUCGCUUCGUUUGCCGACUUUCUCGCCUCAACCAUCAACGGAUGAUGAUGCCAACACCAGAGCCCUACAAGCGGCCGUGUUGGAUCGCAGCGAGAACUCGAUCAAGAACACAACCGUGCAUCAUCUCCCCCCUGACCGAUAGAAGAGCACGAAGA